UCCAUUAUUUAAUUUUUUUUUAACAAAUGAAUUAUCCUAAAGCAGAAGGUCUCGGUGCCGGCAUUGCUGUUCGUGGCGUUCAAGCUUCAUAUGCAAAAGAACUUGAUAUUAGCAAAGAUAUCCCACAUGGAAUAUAUGAAACAAUGAUGACUUGUCUUGGUAAUUCACUUGGAUUCUUUGGAUCGUUUCCAUGUAUAGUGUGCUGUCCUAAUCCUUAUAAACAAAUUCGACAAGGCGAUGUUGGGCUUGUUGAAAAGUUUGGUAAAUUCUAUAAAUGUGUUGAUCCUGGAUUAGUUAAAGUGAAUCCUGUUACGGAAGAUUUGAAAAAAGUCGAUAUUACAAUUCAAGUUACUGAAAUUCCUAAGCAGGAAAUUAUUACAAAGGAUAAUGUGAGUAUAAGUUUAGAAUCUGUUAUUUACUGGCAUGUUGUAGACCCUUAUCAAGCAAUCUAUGGUGUUGCGGAUGUAAAUCAUGCCUUGAUAGAAAGAGCAAGUACAUCACUACGUGAUGUUUGUGGUGGUCAUUCAGUUCAAGAUCUUAUUGAAAAUAGAGAGGCUAUUUCUGAAGAAUUACAUGAAAUUAUAGGUCCAAUUGCUAAGAGUUGGGGAUUAAAGAUUGAAUCUACACUUAUUAAAGAUAUUGGACUCUCUCAACAAUUACAGGCAUCACUCUCCUCAGCAGCCCAGGCUAAAAGGUUGGGUGAAUCUCGAGUAAUUACUUCUAAGGCUGAAGUGGAGGCAGCCAAAUUAAUGCGUGAUGCUGCUGAUAUUUUGAAUACACCAGCAGCAAUUCAAAUACGUUAUUUGGAAACUUUACAAUCUAUGAGUAAAAAUAGCUCUGGCCCUACAACUAUCUUUGUACCUCUUCCUCAGCAAAAAAUAAAUUAAGAUAAUAAUCAUAAUAAUUAUAAACAUUAAUACGACUAUCUAUUUGUAUGCGUGUAUUUUUAAGAAAUCCUAGUAUUUAUACAUGUAUAGGACUAUAGUAUUAUAUCUAUUUUGAAAAUAAAUUUGGAAUUUUUAAUAAAGUUAUUUGCUGAUGAAAGAUCAUAUGAUGCAUACUA